ACUUACCUUCUUCUUCCCCAAACUUUCAUCCUUAUUUGCUCUUUCAAUCUCUCAAAACAACAAUCAACAAUGGUGGCUCUUUCACAAUCCACAAUCCAACAGUUCUUUCUCAAAACCUGCAAGCCAGUCAACCCUUUGACUUUUCCUCAAAUUCCCCUCAUUGACCUUUCUAAACCUGACUCUAAACACCUAUUAGUCAAAGCCUGUCAAGAUUUUGGAUUCUUUAAGGUAGUUAAUCAUGGGAUUUCCUUAGAUUGCAUCGAUAAACUUGAAUCACAAGCCACUAAAUUCUUCUCUUCCCCUCAAUUACUCAAAGAAAAAGCCGGUCCACCCGACCCUUUCGGUUAUGGCAAUAAAAACAUUGGUCGAAAUGGCGACGUUGGAUGGGUUGAAUAUCUCCUCCUCGACGUAAAACCCGAUUCCCAUUACAAUAAACUUCAACACCCAGAAAAUUUCCACUGUGCUGUGGAUGAUUAUGUGACAGCAGUGAAGAAUAUGGCAUGUAAGAUUCUUGAAAUGAUGGCUGAUGAGUUGAAUUUAGAGGAUAGAAAUGUGUUUAGUAAGUUGUUGAUGGAUGAACAGAGUGACUCUGUUUUCAGGGUGAAUUACUAUCCACCAUGUCCAGAGGUUCAAGAAAAUGAAGCUGAUGGUGGGAAUUUGAUUGGGUUUGGAGAACAUACAGACCCACAAAUCAUAUCGGUUUUAAGAUCCGAUAACACCUCGGGCCUCGAAAUUUCGUUACAAGAUGGCAGUUGGGUCUCUGUUCCUCCUGAUUCUGAAUCUUUCUUCAUCAAUGUUGGUGACUCUUUACAGGUGUUGACAAAUGGAAGAUUCAAGAGCAUAAAGCAUAGGGUGGUGGCAAACAGUAAGAAAAGUAGGAUGUCAAUGAUAUACUUUGGAGGACCACCAUUGAAUGAGAAGAUAGCUCCAUUGGCAUCACUCCUUGAAAGGGAAGAAGACAGCUUGUAUAAAGAGUUUACUUGGUUUGAGUACAAAAAUUCUGCUUUCAAUUCCACAUUGUCCCAUAAUAGGUUGGGUUCCUUUGAAAAGUUUUCUUCUAAAAUUUGAUUACCUGUAUGUUCAUUUGAAUUUUGAAGUAUUACAGUGUAUUUAGUAUUAUUAUUAUUAAAUUAAAGAAAAUAAACAAAGUUCUGAUA